GCAAUUUUGAAUCUGUGGUGAACCUGAAAGUUCAAGUUGAUGGGAUAAAGUUUGGUAGAAAAUUAGGAAUUUUAUGUAAAUUAUUUCGAAAAAGGAUUGUAAUAUUGUAUAAUUUUGUUCAAUUCGUCGCGUACAGUGAAUCGUGCGAGCGUUAAAUGCAAUUCGAUCGAGAAAAAAGACUUGUUUUAGCGCAAAUCGAGUGAAAUAUCUUAUCUCUGCUGUCAACAACAGAGGUAAAUGGCGUCGCGUUACAGGAUAAAAAUACGAAAACUUUCUCAAAAUUCGCUUAGUAUUUUAUAAAUUCGCGAUAGUUUAUUACAAUUGAUAUCGUUUCUAAUGCAUUUUUCGUUAACCUUAUAGAAUUCGUGUGAACCGCUAUAAUUUGCAUUCGUUCAAUACCAAAUUAUUUGUGUCGAUUUCAUCUUCUCAAAGUUGAUAUUUGGAUCUAACGUAUCAGCAAAGUUCAUUCAACUCCAGCGUUUUCUUAGGGUCGUUAAAAUGUCGCCGAAAGGUAGAAGUACUGAAAAAUCGAAAUUAAGAAUGGAUGAUUAUUCUUCUUCUAAUAAAAGUGCUCGUCCAAAACCUGUUUUGGACUCACGAAGGGAAAUUGAUAAAGUAAUUAAAAAAGCUCGCAAAGAUGGUCCACAGAGCGCGUUUUGGACAAAAAAGGUACUAGAAGUUGAAGAAAAAGAACCUGAUAGAUGGCGUCACAGUGGUUAUAAAGAAUUGUACGUGACUUCCUCAGAGGGUGAGAAAUCUUCGACGAAAGGCUCACCGAGCAGAAAACGUACCGCAAUGUAUUCGCCUUCAGCGCCCACAUCUCCGAAUCCAGUUCGAUCUUCGCGUAGAUCGUCGUCGAAUACUCGUCGAAACGAUCGUCGUUCUGUAUCGUCAGACGUGCGACGUGGUAGUUCGCGACCGCGAACUGAUAAAUUCUCCAGCUCGGCUCGUGCACGAACUUCGACGUCGCCGAUUCGGCGUAACGCUAAAUCGCCGAAUCGGCUGGUCCGGUCACCGGUGCGUCGUUCGAGAUCGCCAUUACGUCGUGUGUCGCCAGCGGCGCAUCGUAAUAGGACACCUUCGCGUACUCGAAAGUCAUCUCCUGUGAGACGACUCAAGUCGCCGCCGUUACGCUCUGCGAGAAGUUCUGCCGGCCGCAACAAGUCGCCCGUUUCGCGACACAUUAAAGCGGAUAAAGCUGGACGUAGAAAUAGAUCUGUCGAAAAAAUAUCGCCGUCGACCAGACGGAAGAAGUCGCCAAAAUUGCCGCCGCGUUACAAAUCACCAAGUUCGCGUUCACCCAUCACCACCAAGUCACCAGUUCGACGUCUUUCAAAGGGCAGAUCGCGUAGUCCGUUGCCGUCCAAAUCAACGAAACGUAAAAGCGCCCAACACAGGAUGAGGAUACGUGCUUCGUCAUCUUCCGAAUCCGGAUUAUCGUCUGGAUCGCCGUUCAGAAACAAAAAGACUAAAUCUAAGCAAGCGGCGUCUAGCGAUGUAUUGUCUUCGUCCGAUUGCUCGGAUUCCAAUUGCUCGAUGUGUAGAUUCGAGAAAAGUAAUAAUGAAAAACGUCUUAAGAAAGCAGAAAAAGAAAAGGUUAAACGUCCAGGACCUCCUCCAGAGCCCAAACUAAAACCUCGUGCUCAACUGCCACGCCUUCCUCCCCCUCCUAUGUCUUCUCGUUACGCUAGAUCUAAAUCAUUUACGCCAGUUCUUUCUAGUCCAGUCGGUGAACGAAGAGUGGAAACUAAACAUAAGAAAAAAUCGUCCAAAAAAGAGAAAAAGAAAGCUGUCGUUAAAGCUUCCAAAGCGAUUACUACGUCGAUCAUACAUCAUAAAAAAAUUAAAGUAGAAUCGCCGUCUGAUGAAUCGGAAAGCCCGUCGCCGAAACGAAUCACGCUUUCGGAGAGGUUCGGUAAAAUGGCCAAGUGGAAUCAAAAGAAGGAUAUUGAAUCAAAUCAACGUAACAUUCGUGUCACAGCCGGUGAUAAUUAUCGAGUCGAAGAGCUCGAUGUACCAUUAUUGGAACCAUUUCCAGAACCACCGCCUAUGUUACUGGAUGGAUCAUGGGAGGAUGUCCGUGUCAGAUAUGCAUAUUAUAAAGAUCAAGGUUACUUAGAAGAUUUAACUUUUCAAGAUUACCUUAAAUGGGAAGAAUGGUGGUACAGUUAUCAAGAAUGGCUGGAUCAAGAAAGGUUACAUUCGUUUAGAAGGAGGCUGUAAUUGUUAUAUUUUUUAUUUUUAAAUUAUGAUAUAAUUUUAAUCAUUGUACAUUAUGUAUCGAAUGUAGAUAGCAUACGUAUCGUUUAGUGACCUCGUUCUCUGAAACUUAAUAUGCAAAAACGUGAGGCAUUUAGAUACCUAUUACACUUAUAAAAAUUAUCAAACUAUGGUGUAGAAUCAUUCAUACGUAUCAAUAUCGUUGAACAAGUAAUUUACAUUAUCGGUCACCUUUCAAUGUUUGUACGCCUUUUUUUUUCCCUCUCCGGUAUAGUAUGUUGUACUUGUAUGUGUUUUUCUUUUUAAUUUAAUUCAAUUUUUUCUACUUUUUCUCUUUUGCGAUAAAUUCGUAUUGUUCCUGUAUUUAUGAAAGCGUAUUUUAAAAAAAAAAUUGGUUGCAUUUAUGCAGAAUUAUCCAAAGAUGAAAUGUUUUUGAAGAGACUUGACGUUGACAGCUGAUAGUAUUGCAAUAAUGAAUGUAGUAACUUUCCUUAAUUGCGUAGAGAAUAAUUUAGUACUCUUUUUUGUUUUUUUUUUACAGUAAUAACUAUAUUGUAAAUAAGUAUUUAUAUUUUCGUCAUGACGUUGUUUCAGUAUUAUUACGUGUAGAAAUGGAUUAUCGAAUAUUGAUAUCGUGUCAAGAUCCAGUUUUGUUGGUGAGAAGGGGGGGCUUGGGUUGUAAGGAAAUUAAAUCGACUGAAAUGUCUUCAUACUUACGUUAAAAUUACGAAACUUUUGCUUCUUUUUGUACUCAUUAUUGGUUAAAGCGAUUAUUAUUAUUACGUCUUUUUAAAAAAAAACACUCGAUUUUUCUUUUUUUUUUUCUAUAACAUACCUAGUGUAUUAUGUAGUUCUUGAUGAAAUCGAAAUGUUAAGUUGAUGGGUUACCUGAGCAAUGAGAUUCUCAAAAUAUUUGUUCGUUUUCAAUUAAUACGCGAUGUUUUCGAAUAGUUUACGGUACCAUUUGUACAUGCAUUAUUGGAAAACAUCGUGUGUUUUCUGUGAUUUUUCGUAGUCGGCAGGCUGCUUAUAUUGGUACGUUAAUUUUAUUAAUAUUUGUGGAUAUGUUCGUGUACGAUUUUUUUUUAUUCUGUUCGAGUAGUUUUUUUCCACUUCUCCUUUCGCAUUAUAUGAGUAAGAGCUGUUCUAGGUGGCAAUUACGUUACGAAAGUUUAUAUAUUUUUUGUUACCUGAAUUUUUUUUCUCUGUCUCGAUUUAUUUCAUGUCUUCGGUAGUGUUUCGAUUAAAGUUUACGAAGUAAUAAUUGGACAUAAAUUUAAUAUUUAAGAACAGUUAUGUUUAUUGGUAAAGUAUCGUUUAAAAAUUGUUUUUGUACUGUGUAAUUUUUUUUUUGAAAAAAUCUCUACUUUGAGAUGAUUAGAGAAGUAAAAACUUUCGACGAA